AGCGUCGAGAUUAUAAAAGUACCUUGCAUUAAAUUUAUUGACUGACUGGGUCAAAUACUUUCAACCGGUAAUAGGCGAUUUGCCGUGAGCAUCAACCAAUUAACUCUCCCCGCACUGAAAUAUCUGUAGUAACAGUAUGCUCCAAGAACAUGCAGUAUUUAUACACACCUAUAUUACCGCCAGAGAAAAUGAAAAAGUUUGUUGAAGGUUGAAACAUCGUUGAACAUUUCGUUGCAUAAUUCAUAAAAAGAAUGCGUUGCUAUGGAAAACUCGAGGAAAGAUUUAUUGAUCAAACCAAAAUGGCGCAGUGAGUUUUCCUUCGAAGUGAUUCUAACGUUGACGUGUCGAGUUAGUGCGGAUAUCAAUGAAUUGCUCAGGCGCGUAGAAAGUGUAAAAAUUUUACGUUAAAAUGAGCCGAGCCAGAUCAAAUUCUCUUAGAGACAUAUUCGUAAAACCUACGGUUACGAAAAAAAAGAAAUCGGAGAAAAGAAAGCCAAUACCGAAGAAACUGCAAGGUCGCUAUCGUUUCCGUGCUGUAACACGGUUGGUUCUAGAGUAUAUGGAAUGGAUACAGGAAGUGCCUGUAUUCGAAGAGUUUGUAGGCGACGACAUAACAAAGAACGUCAAGAUGGCACAGCGCAAGCGAGUACCUGAAAGAAAAAAGCUCACAAUCAAAGACCGUUCGGUACUCCUUACCAACAUACCUGGCAGAUCGAAGGAAAAUCGAGCCUACUUAGCAGUGCUUAUGAGGAAUCUUCAACCCUAUAAAAAGUAUCCAGAGUCUAUGUGGGAUCAAAUUGCUGGCGUGACCGGUUACCAGUAUUUUGGUUCAGAACGAGUUCUCGUUCGGCAAGGACACAUGCCGCAAAUGCUUUACUACAUUGUCAGGGGAGAAGUCAAGGUGUCCAAAAUUGCCGAAGAUAGUGUUACCGGAGACAGAAUCGAAAGGGUUAUGGAAACACUCGGCCCGGGAGACAUGUUCGGUGAAGUUGCGAUACUUCAUGCUAUUCCUCGAUCUGCUACUGUAGUAACAAAAACCUCCGUCGAUUUGCUGACCAUAACUCGUGAAGACUUUAAUGUAGUUUUGAGACCAUGGCUAACAGAGCAGUGGGAAAUUUUCAAGGAUGCUAUAGUUAACUUCAAUUACUUCAAAGGAUGGGAUGAAGAAACUAUGAGAGAAUGCUGUAUUUUGAGUAAAAUUAGGGAUUAUCGACCUGACGAAGUAUUGCUGGGAGAUGCAAAAGGUAUGGUCAAUUACGUGCAUUUCAUAUUACACGGAAAGUGUAGAGUAAUUGAGCACAUGGUUAUUCACGAGGAGCUUGUUGUCAAUAAAGUCAAAUACAAGCUUUACGACCCACAAGACUUUAAGAAUUCAGAAUCUUCGCAUGAAGCUGAACCGACAUUCCAGGACCAAGUUAACGAGGUCGAAACGACCGAACGAAUCUCCAACUCUACGUUACAGCAGGCUAAACUUUCCAAUAGCAAAGGACUCCAGUCCGUACCAUCUGAGAUCGAUUACACGCAGUUAAUGCUAUCCAGGCGACCGAUGAAUGUGGAUAUGGAGAGAACAAGCAUUUUUACGCUGACUCUACAGGACGUGGUAAAUGAGUGGCACGAAAUAACGGACGUGACUGAGAUGCUAAUGAAAGAACCAUCUGCGACUUCACAAAAGAUUUACCCCAAGAAUGUUCGCACCGUUUUCAUGCAGAUUUGUUUAUUUUAUCGCGGUGCCUGCUUCGGUUUAGGAGAAAAGAUGUGCAACCGUCGGAUAGUGUCGAUAUCACCGACUCGCUGUUUACUCGUUCCACGUUAUUGGUUGCUAGAACACAACCGUGCUAAUAUCUGGGAGCAAGUCAGAUUGUUCAUGGAUUCGAAGUAUCCGACAACUGAGCAGCUGUUUAAAAAAUUUGUCAAGAAUCGCAGAUGGAUGACAUACAAGAAGGGAUUGUUACACCAUAUCAUUGAGAACGGACGGAAGAUACCAAAUUCAACGACUAUUCAUGACGUACCUUACUCGAUCAGAAUUAGCGAUGAAAUAGAAACGAUUGAGAAGAUUGAAUGAAAUUUUUUGAACGAAAAUACUUGAUGAUGCAUAGGAAGUCGAAAUGUUUAUGUAAUAUAAUAUUCCAAACC